AUGGCCGCCGAACCAGUCCAGCCCCCCGCGAUCGCUGAUCUGAGCAUUGCCGACCAGACUCCCGAAAAGAAGGCUACUGGCCAGAUUGUGACACCAUUCGAUGUCUCCGGUGGUGUUGAUGAGACUGGCAAGUUAUUGCCUGUUGAUUAUGAUAAGCUGGUCCAGCAGUUUGGUGCUACACCUUUGACCCCGGAUAUUCUUGAGCGCUUUGAGAAGGUCACCGGCCACCGCCCGCACCGCUUUAUGCGCCGUGGAAUCGUUUUCAGUCACCGUGAGCUGAACAAGAUCCUGGAUCGCCAUGAGAAGGGCCAGCCUUUCUAUCUAUACACAGGCCGUGGACCCAGCAGUGAUUCCAUGCACGUUGGGCACACCGUGCCCUUCGAGUUCACCAAGUGGCUCCAGGAUGUCUUCGACGUACCCCUCGUGAUCAUGAUGACCGAUGAUGAGAAGUUCAUGCACUCCCAGAAGAUCGAGGUCGAGGACGCCAAGCGAUUCACCAAGGCCAACGCAAAGGAUAUUGUUGCGGUUGGUUUCGACAUGAAGAAGACUUUUAUCUUCAGUGAUUUCGACUUCGUCGGCGGCGCAUUUUACGAAAACAUCUGCCGGAUGGCCAAGCGCAUCACAAUUAACCAGAUCCGUGGUACAUUCGGAUUCAACGACAGCAACAACAUUGGAGAGUUCCACUUCUGCGCCACUCAAUCUGCUACCGCAUUUGCGACUAGCUUCCCUCACAUUUUCGGCACUGAUCGCAAGAAGGUUGCCUCGAUUCCUUGUUUGAUUCCUUGCGCUAUCGACCAAGAUCCUUACUUCCGUCAAUGUCGUGAACACGCCGAGCGCAUGAAGUUUAAGAAGCCCUCGCUCAUUCACGCUAUUUUCCUGCCGGCUCUCCAGGGUCCUGGAUCCAAGAUGUCUGCCAGUAUUGAUAGCUCUGCUAUCUUCAUGAACGACACACCUAACCAGAUCAAGAACAAGAUCAAGAAGUUUGCUUUCUCUGGUGGUGGUGCGACUGCUGAGCUGCACCGUGAGUUCGGUGGUAACAGUAAGGUCGAUGUUCCAUUCCAGUACUUGACCUUCUUCUUGGAGGACGAUGAGGAGCUGGAACGCAUCCGCACUGCCUACGAGAAGGGUGAGAUGAUGACUGGAGAGCUGAAGCAGCUUUGUAUCGACGAGCUUCAGAAAUACGUUGUUGCUUUCCAGGAGCGUCGUGCUAAGGUCACUGAUGAGAUUGUGGCUGAGUACAUGCGACCUCGCCCUCUUGAAUGGAAGGGAAACCCCAACCCAGUCGUCGCGGAGAAGAAAUAG